AUGGACAAUUCUUCCCCCAAAACCGGCAAUGGGUCGACAGAGAAGAUAGAUCCCAGUCUCGGUCGCAAUGACAUUGCCGACGAAACCAUGAAAAAUGGAACCGCCGACGAUAAUGGCGAGGUAUUCAACCAGGCCGAAUUCCGCGCCCUAGGAUGGAUCCGGACUGCUAUCAUUCUUAUGAAGCUUUGCUUCGCCACUGGCGUACUUACAAUCCCGUCAGCAUUCAGUGUUGUUGGUUAUGGGCCUGGAAUCGUCCUGCUCUUCUGCUGGAGCGCAAUGACAACAUACUACGCGUAUGUAAUGUACGCUUUCCGAAUGAAGUAUCCUGGAGUGCACAGCAUCGCGGAUGCUGCAGCGAUUGUUGGGGGUCCGAUUUACCGAGAGGUAGCAUGCUUUCUUUUCCUCCUUUGCUGGAUUCUCGCCUCAGGAUCAGUUUUCAUCGGACUUGCCCAGGGUCUUAAGAUUCUUGCUGGUGGCAGAGGUUGCAGUGUGGUUUGGACACUCGUGGCUGCCACUUGCUCCGCCAUUGCUUCGAGUAUCCCGACUCUCGGCAAGCUAUCCUUUCUUGCCUGGAUCGGCUUUGCGUCUAUCUUCACGGCUGUCUUCAUUGUGGUAGUCGGAGUUACCCAAGUUGAUAGACCUGCGGCAGCUCCCCAGACAGGUGAUUUCGUUCUUGAAGUUGUUUCGGUCGCCAGCCCUGGAUUUGUAGCUGGGCUGACUGCAGCGAUCAACCUUUUCGCUGGAUACGCCUCGACUCCAACCUUCAUUCCCGUCAUUGCCGAGAUGAAGGUGCCCGGAUCUUUCCCCAGGGCACUAUUUAGCUCUCAGGCUCUUCUGGUGGCGUGCUAUGUAUCAUUCGGAAUGGUUGUUUACUUCUACUGCGGACAGUACGUGGCCAGCCCGUCGUUAGCCAGUGCUGGAGGUCUGAUUGAGAAAGUCGCAUACGGGAUCUCAAUUCCCGGUUUCAUCAUGACCUCGACUUUAUGGAUUCAUCUUUCUGCUAAAUUUCUUCUUGUCCGAAUCCUCCGCAACUCCGAGCAUCUGCAAAGCCAUACGGUGAUUCACUGGGCUACCUGGUUUGGCUCAACAGUGGGAAUCAGCGCAAUUGCCUUUGUAAUUGCCGUUGGAAUCCCAUUCUUCAGUUACCUCAUUGGCCUGAUCGGAUCACUUUGCUGUGCACCAGCAUGCUUCGUUAUUCCUGCCACAAUGGCAAUUCAUAUGGAUUGGGGAAAUCACUCAUCCAGCAAAUCCAAGAUGGCGCUGUUUGGGUUCCACGUGUUCACCGUUUGUCUUGGCUCAUUUAUGACGGUCGCCGGCUCAUACACUAGCAUCCAAAGCAUCGUCAAUGCUUAUCGCCAAGGAACGGUCGGAAGUGCCUUCACAUGCUAG